CAGCGAUUUGAGGAAUUUCAGUAAUAUUAUAACCACUAAAUGCGAUUUCAAUUAUAGUUUUUUUUAAUAAAAAUGAACUCAGUAUCGAAACUGCUUCACACUGCUGCUGACGUUUAACAGUAAGACAGCGAGAUAUAAAACAACAAAUUUUAAUUCUAAGGGACAAAAAAUAUUCAACACUUGGGUCAAAAUUAUAUAAACAAAGAAGCUGCCCAACAAGGAGCACACAAAAUGACACGCGGCAAUCAACGAGACCUGGCCCGCGCCAAGAACCAAAAGAAGCUGGCCGAUCAGACCAAAGGCAAGCGAACCGAUGACCUCACCGUGGAGCAACGUAAAGCCAGGGACGCUGAACUGAUGCGGGAGAAGCAAAAGAAAAAGGAACAAGAUGCUGCAGCUGCUGCUGCUGCCAAAAGUAAAUAGAGAAGUGGAAAAAGAGGUUUAUUCCAGUUUACAGACAUCCAUCAGCUAGAAGAGCCAGCGUACACACAAAUCCGUGCAGUCGUCGUAGGGUCACUCAAACAGUUUCGUUAGGCAUAGGCAGAUAUAUAUAUAUAUAAAGCAAACAAGAUCACAGCACAAGCAACAGUCGCAAUCCGGCGAUCUACAAAUCGAUCGACUCCUGGAUUAGUCAAUGUAAAUCAAUUGGUUAAAUUGCGCUACAAAAAAAAAAGUGAACGAUUAUCAAUAGUUAGGCAUCCCAACAGAAAAAGGCUCGUUUUCGUUAAUGUUAUGCAACACUGGUAAACAGUUUUCAAUAUGAUUUCUCUAUAUUUACCUGACUAAAUUAUUUUCUGUGUGAAAUAUAUAAAUUUUCAAAUAAAACAUAUGUAAAACAAUAUACAGCCAAAAACUACCAAAAUAUAUGUCGCUAAAUAAUUGUGUAUUGUAAUUUUGUAAUUUUGUACCUAAGUAAAACAAUAGCUCUUAAAUUGAUAUUAAGUGGUCGAGAGAGAAAAUCGGAUUGAAAUUGCAUACAAAAAAAUAAACAAAGCAGAUCUUAUGUGUACCUUCGUAUACCUUUUAAA